CUCGAGAAACUGGGGGACACGAUGCUGACCCCGGAGCAGCUGGCCGCCAUCCUCAACAGGAAGGCGAUCAACGACGUCACCAGACACUGGCCUGAUGUCAACGGCUUCCCUCACAUUCCCUAUACCUUUGAGGACGACCUGGUUGACAAGGCAGCCGUCCGGAGCGCCAUCCAGCACUGGAUCGACAACACCUGCUUCACCUUCACCGAGGUCCCGAACACCAGCACUGGAGAACGCAUUAAGUUCAUCCGCCACGCAUCCGCCUGUAACUCUUACGUGGGAAUGGUCAGCGGCAGCGGAGGGCAGAUCAUCAACGUGCCCGAGUGGUGUGAGCAGUCGUUUGGCAGUCUGGUGCACGAGGUAGGGCACGCCUUGGGACUCUGGCAUGAGCAAUCAAGGUCUGAUCGAGAUACAUACAUCAUGAUUCUCACACAAAAUAUCAGGUCAGCGGCGCUUCAUAACUUUAACCUCAAGACGACCAACAACUAUGGUGUACCGUAUGACUAUUCCUCAAUUAUGCAUUACUAUGCGCAGGGCUUCUCUCUGAACAGCCGCAAUACCAUCGUGACCAAAGAUCCGAGGUUCCAAGCUGAAAUUGGCCAGCGCGAAGGCCUCUCCCACAUGGACAAGCUCUUAGUAAACACCAUGUAUGGCUGUACAGAUAAACUCCUCAUCACGUGCGGACUACCUAGUGAUCCCUGUCAGAAUAAUGGUUAUUUAGGAAGUGACUGCACUUGUGUGUGUCCUGAUGGAACUUCAGGGAGCAACUGCGAGACUGUUGAUACACUCUAUAAUGAUGCUAUCCUAUAUUUCAACACUGAGAUCGUCACCGUUGAGAAAACUGUUAAAACCGUGAAUCACCCUAAUGCUUUCCCUCAUGAUUCGGAUUUCGUCAAGUGGAUAAUCGCCCCCGAGUGUAAUGAAGUAAAACUAACCUUCCACGCAUUCAACGUGUACCAAGCGACUACACGAACGAUAGACGGCGUUAACACACUCGGCUGUUGGUACGAUGCCCUGGAAAUCAGGACUACUAGUGCAUCGGAAGGCAUGUACGACUACAACUACAAGCCACUACAACACAAUACCACAAAAGAACGCUACAACACAAGACAUCUUAAAAUCAAGUCCCUACAACAAAACCCCGUCCCUCGACAACAACCACAAGCAAUAACAAAAACCCCAACCCCCAUCAACAAACCCCGCCACACGGCAAAAUCAACACAACAACUACAAAAACAAACAAAACCAAAACCCCACGGCCUGGAGUCCCUUGGGUAA